UCAGCAGCUGAAUGAGAAGACAUAAAGUCUGAGGGAAAAUCUUUAAAAAAGUGAUUUGUGUUCAGAAAUACAUUAGGAGAACAGUGAGUGAAGAGCUGUGACAGCAGAGAGCGAGUUAGUACACUUGGAUCUUUUUGGAACGUUUUCCACCCCGUUUGACCAAAAAGACUCAAGCAUCAUGUCUUUGGAGGUGAAGGAGAAGACCCAGGUGCGCGUUGUGUUUCUGGGGUCAGCUGGAGUCGGCAAGACAGCUCUGAUCAGACGUUUUCUCCAGGAUACCUUUGAGCCGAAGCACAGGCGUACCGUGGAGGAACUGCACAGCAAGGAGUACGACAUUGGUGGGGUCAAAGUCACCGUGGAGAUCCUGGACACCAGCGGCAGCUACUCCUUCCCUGCCAUGCGUAAGCUCUCCAUCCAGAACAGCGACGCCUUCGCUUUGGUGUACGCUGUGGACGACCCAGAAUCACUGGAGGCUGUCAAGAGCCUCCGAGACGAGAUCCUGGAGAUCAAGGAGGACAAGUACACACCUAUUGUGGUGGUGGGGAACAAGACAGACCGGGAAGACGAGCGUCAAGUGUCCUCUGAGGAUGUGCUGGCAACCGUGGAGAUGGAUUGGAACAACAGCUACCUGGAGGCGUCCGCAAAGGAGAACGCCAACGUGGUGGAGGUGUUCAAGGAGCUCCUGCAGCAGGUGAACUUGCCAAGUCGUCUGAGCCCAGCGCUACGCAGGCGCAGGGAGACCUUUCCAAAAGGAACGGACUUUCGGCCACCUAUGAACAAAACUAACAGCUGCAUUGUGUCGUAAUGCGAGGUACAGAGGGGUGGGCGAGAGAUGUUGCGCAACUCAGUUCUGCUGGUCAGAGAGAAAAUAACUAAAAGCCCAGACUUGAGUCACCGCUGGUGUAAAUAAAGACCUGACUGUGAUCCUGAACCAACAGACACUUUACUGUUGUCAGCUGAGAGG